ACGCGUAUGCAUUAAGCAACAGCAGCCUACUCAAAUGCUCAAUUUCUACGGAGGAGCAGUGCGCAUCGCACCAGGGUUCGUGAAGGAAAGGAGGCGCCAAGGAAAAGUAGCAGUGGGAAUUCGGUCCGUUUUGUGAGGGGGCGGUCGCAUGUAGCGUAAAUUUUGGUCUAAGGCUUUUGAAAAUGCCUAUAUCCCUGCAGUAACAAACGACAACGAUAUAGGCUAUAGAAACUUACUGGAUAAGAGACGGAGCACAUAUUAGACUGCGAGCAACAGAACCACGCACAUCCUUGAUCCUUCCGUUUUGGAUUUAAACUACAGGCAAAUUAAAUUGCUAUAUGAGGGAACAAACCAAACGAUACUGUAUCGACAUGUGUCGGGGGACAAUGAAUACAACCGAAGAAUACGGCAUCAAAGUGUUCCGAGCUGCACCAUGAAGACCCAGAAGGCUGGGGACCCCGGGGGCCAGACACCAAGCUCUCCUUCCCCACGCCAACGGAUGGCUGGUUUCAGCCUGCGGGGUCGGAAGAAGGAGGGCCUGAUCCGCGGCGAGCUGCGCAUCCACUCCAUGCCAGGAGCCUUCCUGGUGCUGGGGGUCAUCGUGGUGGUGGUGGGCACAGCCCUGGCAGUGGCUGGGUACUGGCCCUACCGGACCCAGCGUUCCCAGCUGCUAGGAGUUGGACAACAAGGCUCUGGUUCUGUAGACGGGGCAGGAGGAGUUAGAGGUGGGGGUGUCUCUGAACCCCAGUCAUCCGGUUGGAACCUGGGGGCUAAGAGCCUCCUGACCACGGCCAGUCUGAUCCACAGUGAGCGGAUGAAGCUCCUGGGACCAGUCAUCAUGGGCGUGGGGCUGUUCAUCCUCAUCUGUGCCAACACGGUGCUGUACGAGAACCGCGACAGGGAGACCCAGAUGCUGCUGGCCCAGAUGCGAAGCGUCAUCUGUUCGGUGUCGGCGGCCGUGCCCUCGGCCGACCUCUCAGACAUGUCAGCAGCCAACUCCAUGGCCAGACACUACCAGUGGGUGAGCAGUCUGCCUGCCACCCACCUUAACAUCCUCUAUCUGCAGCAGCUGGCCAGCUCAGAGCCCCUGCUGCAGACGACCAGAGACAGCAGAGAGGAGGAGGAGAGGGCAACUGACUGUAUGUACCAGCAGGCCACCGUACAGACGGAGGCUCUACACCACCAGGACUCAGCCUCGACCCCUUCCCUCCACUCCUCCCACUCCAACUCAUGCAACUCCAGCAAGAUGGGCUUCAACACGGGGAGGGACGGUGGUGGUGGUGGGCCAAGAGUAGGGGGCUUCAGCCCGGACCCCCAGCCCGCUCACCUCUUUAAGCUCAACAACUGUCUGGUGUCAGCCAGCUCCCUGUCCACUCUGGGAGGGGACGACUGGGAGAGGUCGGAGGUCACAGCCACGCUGCCCAGGCGCUCCCACAGUCUGAGCUACAGGACUAACCCAGGCCCUCAUGGGCCCCAGACUGUAAAAUGCCAACAGGAAGGGGCCAUACGACCCUGGGGACCUGGGGCAGACCCAGAGGGAGUGCGGACUGAGCCCAGCUCAGACGUGUAUGUGAACAUGGUUGGGUGUGGAGGUGUGGAGCCCCCGGAGCUCACCCCCGUAGAGGAGCAGAGGCACCGCAGCUGGCCCCGGUUAGCCCUGGGCUGUGCCCGCAGGUACCUGAAGCUGGACAAUAAGGAGGACUCGGUGGACAGACUACUAGACCAAUUGGAGCAGCAGUGUUCUCAGUGGGAUAACAGUUUCGGCUCAGGGCCUUUCCAGUGAGAGCCAGUAAAGGUCCCAUAUCUCAAUAAGGCCCCAUAUCAGGGUCCUCGGUCUGUUUUUUUAAAAGCAGCUUAUAAAGAAAGAUCCUCAUGAAUGCUGAUAUAUCCACAACUAGGAGAAGGAGCUUUUUCCAUUGGAUCAUAACUGUGCACUGUUUUCACUGACUCCUGAAACCGGGAAAGGAGGCUAUAACAGAAACCGUUCAAGUGAUAUCCAGUUGAUGUAUGAAGCUGAUUUCCUCUCUCUUAGGAUACACAGUACAGUGUUGAACGGUUUCCAAAUCUGAAGAGACAGACCUUUAGAGACCUUGUUUCUCGGACUUCCCAUGGCGUGGAUAUAUAAACACAAGUGUCGGAGGACUCCAGAUGAAUUGGAUCAGCUUGGCAGACAUCAUUAUUUAAGAGGGGAACAAUACACAUACUGUCAAAUAUGAGUUUGAAAGAUUUGCCAGUCUGUUUACUGGGUGGCAGUUCGGCUUGGCACUUGGUAGUAAUGUGUUGGAAUCAAUUUGUCUUUCAUUGACAAAGCGUUGCUAGUUUUCAGGACACAGCAAGCACAUCCGAAUGUGGGAGGUAGAACCACAUUCUAAUGAGGGACCGUCUACACUUUGCAAUCAAUUUAAAAACCAAACAACUGUAACCUGGUGAGCGCAAGAUGUGCUAAUGACAACAGCUAGUCAAAUAAAAAAUAUGUCCGUAGGAGACUAAAACAGGUGCAUGAUGAUAGAGAUGUCAUGUGUCAUCUACAUCUACAUAGUUAUGCAGAAUAAUGGUUGUGUAUUGGCUGUGUAUCAGAACAAGAGAGAGUCAAUAAUAGGUUGGUUAACACUAUAUUUAAAUGGUACGUACAUAAGGACUUCAUAACACACGAAUAAACAGUACAUAAGCAUUUAUUAAGCAUUAUGUAUGGCUUAUGAAUGUGUAAUAAAUCCCUUAUGUAGGUACCCUUCAACUACUAUGCUCUCCGUUUACUGUAGUUCUAUUGGUUAUUACCGAGGCUGUGUACCAAAUAACACCCUAUUCCCUAUAUAGUGCACUACUUAAGACCAGAGCCCUAUUCCCUCUUUAGUACACUACUUUAGACCAGAGCCCUAUUCCUUAUAUAGUGCACUACUUUAGACCAGAGCCCUAUUCCCUAUAUAGUGCACUACUUAAGACCAGAGCCCUAUUCCCUAUAUAGUGCACUACUUAAGACCAGAGCCCUAUUCCCUAUAUAGUGCACUACUUUAGACCAGCACUCAUAGGGCUCAAAAGUAGUGUUCUGUAUAGGGCAGGGGUUUUUCAUCCUUGUUCCUGGAGAGAUAUCCUCCUGUAGGGUUUAACUCCAACCCUGUUCCCAGAGAGAGAUCCUCCUGUAGGGUUUAACUCCAACCCUGUUCCCAGAGAGAGAUCCUCCUGUAGGGUUUAACUCCAACCCUGUUCCCAGAGAGAGAUCCUCCUGUAGGGUUUAACUCCAACCCUGUUCCCGGAGAGAGAUCCUCCUGUAGGUUUAAACUCCAACCCUGUUCCCGGAGAGCUAAUGCCCUGUAGGUUUAAACUCCAACCCUGUUCCCAGAGAGCUAUCCUCCUGUAGGUUCAGGGAAUAGGGUGCUAUUUGAGACUCAACCCCAGGUAACCGACGGUGAGGAAACCCUUCCCUUCCUCAUGUCUACCAUCCUGUUGAUUUUCUCUCUGCCUCAUCUCAGAGUGCAUCUUGUGUUUGUCCCAAAAUGGCACCAAACUCCCUACAGAAGUAGUGUACUGCUUUUGACCAGGGCUCAUAGUGCUCUGGUUAAAAGUAGUGUUCAAUAUAGGGAAUAGGGUGCCAUUUGGGAUGCAGGCUUAGUGUUUACGAAGAGGGGGUCAAACCUUCAUCCGUCCAAUACAGGUGAGGGAAUGGAGGACAGACCAGUCAGUGUCGACGCUGUCCGUCUCUGAUUUAAUGGAAUGGUCAGUGUUUUUGCAUGCAGUUGGGGUGUGUGGGGCUACGUGAUUAAGACAUGUUUGGUUCACUAGAGAACAAGACCCCCCCCACACACACACACACUGGCUGAUGUGGAGAGAAGACUCCACUGUGUUUGCAAUGCCACAGUCUCUCUCUAUUUCUCUCUCUUGUCAGUGUUGCCUGUUUUGUAUGGCAUGUCAGUGUGACAAUAUGUGUUCUAAAUGUACAGUAUUAACAAGCAAUAUCAGUAGGUCUGCCAGAACAAUUAUUGUCUGUGUCUGGCCCUGUCGACCCACAUACCAAGGCAAAGCUUUAAAAAAGAAAUUGGGGAAAAAAAUCCUUGUGUUUCGUUUGUUCAACUUGGGGUAUUUAUGUGGCAUCACUAUUUCUGUGCUCAACACUGAUGACCCUAUUCCUCACCAGACAGGGGCUAUGCGUCUCAUUGUUCCUCCCAGGUCGAGGAUGUAAACCUGGGAUGUGACGCAACGGG